CCAGUCGUCUGACGCAUUCUCUCUCAGAUCACGAAUCUCCAACAGCAAAUCGAACGCAUCACAUCCCAGUCCGAAACAGCCGUGGCAGCCAGCGCAUCCCACGAACAGGCAUUGCGCGUGAAGAACAAGAUGCUCGAUGAUCAGAUGGAAACCAUCAAAUCCUUAAAGCAAAAUCUGGACAACAAGUGCCGCGAACACCAGCAGCUUCUAGCCGAUACAGAGAAACGGACCGACGAACUGGAGGAUCGGCUUGAGGCUGAGAAGGCGAUUAGGAAGGAUAUGCAACAAGAAAUCGAAUCCCAAAACCAACUCAUCGACCACCUCCAAACCCUCGUGGACGACUACAAAGGCGAACGCAACGCGCUCCGCAAAGAUCUCGCCGAAGCCACCAAACGGCUCGAGGAGCGGAACGAGAGCAUCCACAUGAUCGAGGAGGAGGUUGCGCGGAUACGGAAAGUGUUAAAGACCAAGGAGGAGAAUUGGAAGCAGGAGAAGGAGGAUGCAUUGAAGCAGAUGGAGCAUGGGUAUUUGGAGAUGAGGUUGAAUCAUGAGGCACAGACGUCACGAUUAGCGGCGCUGGAGCGAGAGCGCGAGGUGAUGCUGCAGAGUAUGCAAGGCCUGCAGAAGGAAGUCGAGGCUGCAGCAAAGCAGCGAAAGACUCAUGAGGAAGAAAUGCGGAUGCUUCUUGGCGAGCUGGACCGUCAAAAAGAGCGGAUGAGCGCCAAGAUGGACCGGCUGCGUGCUGCGUUCACGAUUGACUGAAGGAUUUUUAUGAAGCUGCUCUGAGUACAACGUCAGUCUAGCACUUCCAGGGGAACCUUCCGCCCUAGUCACUCGAAAUCUGAUGGAUUCGCGAAUCAACGGCAGUAAAAGGCAACGUCUCGGCGGACCGUAGUCUGUAUAUGUAGUUAAGCAUCAUAUGCAUAAAGAGCCCCAACCCCCAUCUCUCACCCGGGCCUCUAUCCCUUUCAAGACACCCUAAUGCCCUAUCCUACCUAUCCUAAUAUUCUAUCUCGGACCCACUUCCAGUAAACCCUAAUAAACAGGAAAGGCCCCAUCAACCUCCCUCGUCCACGCAGUUAACCCGCCAACGAUAUCCUUGACAUCCUGAAACCCUUCCUGUUUGAGCUUCUGCACGGCGAGUUGCGAGUCGUUGCCGCGGCGGCAGAUUAUGUAGACUGUUUUUGUAGAGAUGUGCCAUGUCAGGGAGGAGGGAUAGGGUAACC